AUGAGUUUUGGUUUCUCAAUCGGUGACUUUCUGGCCUUGCUUGAGCUUGCGAGCAGCUUGCGGAGAGAUUGGAUCGGUGCGCCCCUCGAAUAUGCGGCCAUUGUCGAUGAGUAUGCCACCAUGAACGGAAGUGGAAGCCUCAAUCCACUGACACUGCACAGGACGAAGAACUUAUCAAACAUUCUUCGUGACCUCGAAGAGGUUAUUCAGACUACCCAACUUGACGACAAGCAAAAGCUGAGUUUGAAAGAUGCACAGUUUAGCUGUAGGAACACGCUGGGGGAUUUGCAAAAGCUUGUGGCCAAGUAUUCGGAACUGGGUCAAAAGUCGAGUGGUCUGCGGGGCAGCUCGCGACGGGCAUGGAAACGCUGGAAGUUAGAACCCGAUGACAUUGCAAAGCUUAGAUCUCGACUUACCUCGAACAUUACCGCCUUGACUAACCUACAGGGCAGUAUCACCAGUAAUCUAACGAAAGACAUCAAGGACGAUCUAGAAGAUCUCCGAAAAAAUGAAGACGACAGUCAACGUGAAGUAGUGGCAAAUUGGGUCGCCCCAGCCAGCUUUGCGGAACAACAGAACGACACCAUCACUCGUCGUCAGCUUGGAACUGGGCAAUGGUUUCUCGACCUGCCUGAGUAUCGAGACUGGUGCCGGGGUGAUUGUGGAACGUUAUUGUGCCCAGGCAUACCUGGAUCGGGUAAGACAGUCAUGGCGUCCGUUGUCAUCAAUGACCUACAGCAGCAGUUUGAGGCCGAUCACAGCAUCGUCGUGGCUUAUCUCUACUGUAACUUCAAGCGGCAAUAUGAGCAACGAUACAGUGAACUGUUGGCAAGUCUUCUGCGACAGUUAUUUCAAGAACAGCACAAUUUACCAUCCGAGAUUAAAGAGUUGUAUGAAAGACACAAAUCUAGGGGCACCAGACCUUCAGUCUAUGAGUUGCAAGACUUGCUUCGUCUCUUGGUCAAUCAUCAUGCACACAUUUUCAUCGUGAUCGACGCACUAGACGAAUGCCAAAAUGAUGAUGGAAGUCGUGCCAACUUAGUUGCCCAGAUCUUGAAGCUACAGAGCGAAUCAAAAUCCAAGGUCAACCUGCUGGCCACUACGCGCUUUAUUCCCGAAAUCAUCAGUCAAUUUCCAACGGCAGUGCAGAUUGAAAUCCGCGCAUCCAAGGAAGAUGUGGGUCGAUACGUCGACGGCCAGGUAUAUCGUCUGCCUCCUUUCGUCUCCCGAAAUUCGGAUUUACAAGCUGAGAUCAAGGAGAAAAUUGUGACUGCGGCUGACGGCAUGUUUCUAUUAGCACAACUUCACUUUGAUUCGUUAAUAGAUAAGACCAAACCGCGGGCAAUCAGAGCUGCCCUGGAUGAAUUGCCUCGCGGCGCGGAAGCAUUGUCUAUGGCAUAUCAAAACGUGCGAGAGAGGAUUGAACAGCAGCCUGCUGGAUUCCGCUUGCUGGCACGGCGGGUACUGUCUUGGAUCACGUACGCACAAAGGCCAAUGAAGAUCAAGGAAUUGCAACACGCUCUUGGUGUAGAGCCUGGCAUGGAGGCCAUCGACAAUGACGAAGACCUCGAGGAGGAGUCGGUAUUAGUAUCAGUUUGCGCUGGCUUGGUUGCAAUCGAUCCGGAAAGUGGUGUUAUUCGCUUGGUGCAUUACACAACUCAGGAAUAUCUAGAACGCACUCGAGACGUAUGGUUUCCAACUGCACACGCUCACAUCGCAACCAGCUGUAUUGCGUACCUACUGCUGAAGGAAAUGUCGACUAGGUGUGUAUCCAGUGAGUUGUUCAAAACACGACUCAAUCGCCUCCCAUUUCUCGACUAUGCCGUACGCUUGUGGAGCAAUCACACAAUACGCAGUCUGGAGCCAAAUGUGGAAAACCUUGCACUAUCGUACCUUAUGUCUGACGAUCAUGUCUCUGCCGCUAGUCAAGCUAUGUUCGCGACCAACUCGUUCGGCACUUAUUAUCGGUGGGGUCCCGAAAAAGUAGUCGGUUUACAUUUAACAGCGUACUUCAAUUUGGCGGGCUUCGCGCAGCGACUCAUUGCUCAGGGGAAAUCACCAGAUGCGGAAGACGGCGAAGAGCGGACACCACUCUCGUGGGCGGCAGAACGUGGUCAUGUUGAGGUGAUGAAGCAGCUCCUAGCGCUAAAUGAUGUCGCCUUGAAUUCAAAAGAUCACACCUACAGAACACCACUGUCAUGGGCAGCAGGGAAAGGUCAAACAGAAGCCGUGAGGUUGUUGCUCGGCUGCAAUGGCAUAGAGGCUAAUGCUCGAGAUAAGACUGGCAAAACGCCGUUAUCCUGGGCCGCUGAAUGUGGUCAUGAUGAUGUCGUGAAGGUCUUACUCGCCUGUAACAGCGUAUUCGCUGGAACAAAAGCUAAGGUGGGCGAAACUCCGUUGAUGCUUGCGGUGGCAAACCGUCGCGUCGAAAUCGUGAAGCUAUUACUCGACCACGGCGAUGCUAAUGUCAAUGCACAAGACGAGAAGGGAGUUACUGCAUUGUUAAGUGCAACAUAUUCAAAUCAGAUUGAGGUCAUCAAAAUGCUACUAGCAGUAGCCAACAUAGAAAUAAAUGCGAAGGACAGUUACGGCCGAUCACCGUUGUCGGUUUCAGCGAACGGAGAUGAAACUACAGCUAUGCGACUUUUUCUCGCUUUCGACGGUAUUGCCUCGAACUCGAAGGACGACGAAGGGAGAACCCCUCUGCUUUCAGCAGCAUAUUAUAAGAAGAUGGAGGCCGUGGAGCUCUUGAUCGCCCACAGUGAUGUCAAUGUCGCGGCUAAAGACAACAAUGGUCGUACGCCAUUUUCGUACGCAGCACAAGCUGGAAGCGUUGAUUUAAUAAAGACAUUACUCGCUCGCAAUGAUAUCAAUGCUGACGAUAAAGACAACAAUGGUCGUACGCCAUUUUCGUACGCAGCACAAGCUGGGAGCAUAGAUAUGGUGAAGAUAUUACUCGCCCACAAUAGUAUGGCUGACGACAAAGACAACAAUGGCCGUACGCCACUAUCACAUGCAUCACAAGCUGGGAGCAUAGAUGUGGUGAAGAUGUUACUGGCCCGCAGCGAUGUUGAAACAGACUCGAAAGACAUAAACAAUCGAACUCCGCUAUCAUGGGCUGUCACAGAAGGCGACGAUGAAGUACCGGGACUACUUCUUGCCUGCCAAGCCAGAGUUGACUCGAGGGAUAAAGGUGGUCGUACACCAUUGUCGUGGGCUGCAGCAAACAGCAAAUUCUCAGUUGCGAAUUUCAAUCUUCUCCUGGCACAAGGAGAAGACAUAGUCGAUUCCAAGGAUGACAUUGGCCGCACUCCUUUAUCUUGGGCAGCAGCGGCUGGAAGUAUAGAGGCAGUGAAGCUCUUGCUUCCGCAUCCCAGUGUUGAAGCCGACUCAAGAGACCUCAACAAUCGAAGUCCAUUAUCAUGGGCCUUCUCAUGGAGCGCUGGAUGGCAUCGGGCUGAGAUUGUGAGGCUCUUACUUGCUCGUGGGGCUGAAGGAGAUUCAAAGGAUAACGGCGGUCGAAGCCCACUGUCGUGGGCAGCAGGACAAGACUCUACUGCGGGUCUCGAAAUCCUACUAGCACGCAGUGAUAUUUCGAAAGAUUCGAAAGACGAUAAAGGUCGGACGCCCUUUUCGUAUGCCGCAAUUCACGCAGGUUCGCCCACAGUUGCUAGGUUGUUUCUGACACAUGGCGAUGUUGAAGCAGACUCGAGAGAUAUGCACGGUCGUUCGCCGCUGUCACAUGCUUGUGAAGCUGGAGGGGACCACCGGUUUGCAGAGCUCCUUCUUGCUCGCGACGACGUGGACAAAAAUUCGCAAGACGAACUUGGCCGAACACCGCUUUCAUAUGCGAUCGAAAAUCGAGACACAGAUCUUGUGAGGCUAAUGCUGACACACGAUGAAGUGGAUGUCAACAUCCAAGACCAACAAGGCCGAACACCUCUUUCAUGGCUUGGAGGGGAUGAAUUUCCCUAUGAAAUUCUGAGUCUGGUUUUAGACCGCCAACCCUUGGAGGCAGAGGGAAGAGAUGAAAACGGUAGGACGCAAUUAUCGCAUAUGGCAGGGGCAGGCUUCACCCCGUACGUCCAACUUCUCCUAGACCGAGGUGACAUUCAGGUAGACUCGAAAGACAAAUACGGUCGAACGCCCUUCUUUUAUGCUGUGGCGAAUGGGCGAAUUGAUUGUGCCAAAUUGCUUCUCGCACAAGGCAAUGUGGACGUGAACUUAAGGGACAAAGCUGAUGAGACGCCACUUCUAUGCGCCGUGAGACGUGGUGCCAUUGCGUCGGUGAAACUGCUUUUGGCACGCACAGACGUUGAAACAGACACCACAGACGACAGUGGAAUAACACUAUUGAUGUCUGCGGUACAGGAAGGUGACUUUCAUAUCGUGAACCUUCUUCUUUCAAGCGGCAAAUUUCGAAUUAACGCUCAGGAUAACUGUGGCAGGUCACCAUUAUUGUACGCAGCUGCAGGAGGCCACACAGAAAUUGCUCAACUUCUCCUCAAACAGCCCAAUAUUGAGAUCAACUUGAAGAAUGAGACCGGUGCGACACCUUUAAUAUGCGCUGCAGUGUUGGGACAUGUCCAUAUUGCGAGCCUACUUCUCACGCAUGAAGAUAUUGACACGAACGCGACAACAAGCGAAGGUUUCUCAGCGUUGAUUGUAGCAACCGGAGAAAAUCAUGUCGAUAUUAUGAAAUUACUACUCACAAGGAGUGAUGUCCAAGUCAACACGCGUGACGGAAAUGGGCGGUCGGCACUAUCGUACGCAGCUGAGCAAGGCGCUACAAAUUCCGUAGCAUUACUUCUAUCGCGUCAGGAUAUCGAUGCUGACUCAAAAGAUAAAGAUGGCCUAACACCCUUUGUAUAUGCAGUCGGGAUGGGCCACCCCAGUAUCGUGAAACUACUUCUCGAUCACAAAGAGACGACACCAGACUUGAGAGAUGAGGAUGGUCGGACUCCGCUCUCCUUUGCGGUAGAGGACGGACAAAUAGAGUUGGCCGACUUGCUCUUAGACAGUGCUAGAGUCGACGUAAACUCAAAGGACAGCACAGGCCGGACUCCUCUCUCGUGGGCGAUAACUGGUCAAUGUCAGGAAACUGUCAAACGACUUCUGGCAAGAGAUGAUUUGGUGGUAGACCUCAAAGAUGAACGGGGAUGGACACCAUUAUCACACGCAGCGCGGAACGGGUACACUGAGAUGGCUAGGCUUUUGUUGGACCACCCUGAUGUUGAUAUCAAUGCCAAGGAUACCACUUCUCGAGGACCGUUGUCGUUGGCAGCAUGGCAUGGACACCUCGAAACCGUUGAGCUUCUUUUGGGCUAUCCUUCUAUCGAGGCCAACUCUAGGGACGAUAAUCAGUUUUCGCCCUUAUUUUACGCUUGUGGAGGCGGACACCCUAAGGUAGUAGACGUACUCUUGAAGCGGAAGGACGUCGAGGCAAACUUGACAAACCAGGUUGGCUGGACUCCCUGCUUCUAUGCAGCCGGACUUGGGCAUGUCGAGGUGGUAGAGUUGCUGCUUGCGCAACAAGAUGCCCAAGCAGAUCUUAGAGAUAAAGAUGAUCGUACCAUCUUAUCCUGGGCUGUUGAACGUGGCCACAUCGCGGUUGUGAGCUUUCUACUAACGCGCGACGAUGUAGAUAAAGACUCAAAAGAUGGAAAAGGGCGAACGCCCUUAUCGUACGCAGCAGAGAGUGCAGAGAGUGGAGCGGUCGACAUCCUCCAACUCCUGCUGGCACAGAUUGGAGUCGAUCCAAAUUCAAAGGACCAACGUGGCUACACACCAUUAGCCUACGCGACGGAGUCUGAUAGGAGGGACAAUGUGAAGUGUCUUUUAGCACAUUCAGGUGUCGAUGUAAAUGUCAGCAAUGGUGGUGGGUGGACACCAUUAUCGCGAGCAGCAUACUGCGGAUACUCUGAAAUUGUGCAGCUUCUUUUGUCCCACGGAGAAAUCGAUGCCCACCUCCAAGGUUACGGUGGCUUGACAGCUUUUUGGUACGCGGCGGCUUAUGGGGGUAUCGAGGUGAUGAGCCUUUUCCCGGCGAACCAUGAUGUUGAGCUUUCUACUGCAGAUCAUCUAGGUCGCACAGCUCUGUCAUAUGCCGCUGGUUUCGGAUCCACAGAAGUGGUGAAGCUCCAGUUAAAACGUUCUAGGACCCAAGUGGAUACCAAAGAUGUCCAGGGACGAACACCUCUGUCCUGGGCAGCCGAGUCUGGCCACAGAGACGUUGUCAAACUACUUCUGCAAUGCAGAGAGGUGGACAUUGAAUCAAAGGACAAGGACGACUGUACACCUCUAGCAUAUGCAAGGGAUCGGGGACACCCGGAAGUCGUGGUGCUUUUGCAGGCAGAAGCAUAUGUGGAGGCUCACGGAGGUGGCGAUCACGAUGCUGCACUUUACAAUGCAUCAGCCGAUGGAGAUGAGCACGCUGUUCAAUUGCUUUUGGGAGCAGGAACCAGAGUGGAUGCUGUGCAUGAAGAAUAUGGCACUGCGCUGUACGCAGCAUCGUAUGGGGGCCACGAGGGAGUGGUAAGGAUGUUACUGGACGGGAAGGCUGAUGCAAAUGCCAAAGGAGGCUACUUUGGCACCGCACUCUGCGCGGCGUCAGCACUCGGUCACGAGGCUGUGGUGCAGAUGCUGUUGGAUGCGAAUGCUGACAUAGAUGCUGGAAGUGGAACCCUCGGGACCGCACUCCACGAGGCGGCUUCAGCAGGCCAUGGCAAGGUGGUUCAUACGCUGAUUGACAGAGGUGCAGAUGCCACACUGCUAAAUCGUGAUAGACGCUCGCCUCUACACAUGGCGGCUGCCUCCGGGCAUCUCGACAUAGUCGAGCAUCUAUUGCGAUCAGGGGUAUCACUCAAUCAAGCCGACAGCUUGGGCAUGACUCCAAUAUUUCUGGCUCUGCAUCAAGGCCACACUGCGAUUGUCAACACGUUGAUCCUUCGAGGUGCAGAUCUUUCCGUCAUUGAUGGCUACGGCAGGAUGCUUUCCGAAUGGGCGGCACUUUACCACCCUUCUCCAGAAAAGAGGCCAUCAUGGGCUCAGAGCUUUCAGGCGACGCCGAAGGCAACGCGGCUGAAGCGCCUUAACGAGUCUGUCCUGAGGUUGUCGAAUAGUUUGCUGUCGUCCACCGUCUCUGCUGGAAGACACAAGGGUCUGUAUGAGCUCGGAAAAUGCUUGAUUUAUCUCCAAAAUUUCGACGAUGCCAGGACCGCAUUUGAGCUCGAUAUCGUCAGCGUGGAUGACGACGGGGUCCCAACCCAUUCCGCGCUCUGCAACUUCCAUCUGGAUGAUCCUCUCGCAGGAUACAGAUAUGUGUGCCAGAUCUGUCCUGAUUCCGAUCUCUGCGAGGCAUGCAUGAAUAGUUACGGUGACGAGCUUAAGGAUGUAGACGGCAACGCAGCGGGUCGCUUUUGUCGAGGUCACGAGUUCAUAAAAAUCCCAGGCCCAGGCUGGACAGCGACGAAGGCACACGCAGCUGGUUCAAGGGACGAAUUGAACGAGUGGCUGAAGCAAAUAGUAGCGAGGUAUGAGGGAUUGUCACAGAAGCUGGAGGGUUCUGACCAAGUUGCAGAGAAAACUCUGUAG